GCCUGUAUGUAGGUUACGGUCCUCGGUCAAGUUUCGGUCAGAAUGUGAAGCACUGAAAAAAUAGGUUUUAGCCGGGCGUCAACUGCAGCGACACCUUCGUCCAAAAACUAGAAAAACAAUGGGCAACAAAUCGCACAAAGGAACUGUGAUUUCAGCUGGACCAGGAGGCAGUCAGCAGGCACAGGGAACAGCAGUGCAACAGCGACCAUAUCUUGGAUCACAAUGUCAGUACUACUUCCUGGAGAUGUCAGUGCCCUUUCGGCAGAAUGUAUUACAAUUUACACAUGGUCAUAAUAUGAUCAGUACCAACAUAGACAGCUACUACCCUGCUCUAGCACAACCAUAUCAGCAGGGCUGGAGAAUGACAACAUUCUACAGGAUACCAGGAGUGGCUCAGCAGCAAGGACUUUUUAGUACAGCAGUAAAUGUACCUUUCCAAGGAAUAUUUGUCAGGCUAGCCAGUGAUCCAGUGUUUUGUAGUGAACAGUAUCAGCUGAAAGUGGAGAAGUCUAUCAUGCUUAUGACAGGUUUUAGAGAAGGUAUCCUAUCAUUGACGGGGCCACAGGGUGUCCAGGGUGAUAUGUCAGAUAUCCAGAUGAAGAUAGCUCAGAACACUCAGCAUGGUGGCAGGCUAGUAUGUGUUGAGAUGUCAGGACAGUAUGUGACACAGGGAAUGGGAGCAACUAUGAUGGGAGUGCCUCCAGGUAUAGGGGUUGAUGUGUUCUUUAAUAUGCCUCUCCAUCCCAACCCAAGGCAGUACAUAUAUCAAGCAGUCAACGUACCAAUUAUGGUGGACGUCACAAGUUUCUCCAGAGAUGUUCAAGUCCAGUGCAAUUGGGCUCUCCAUUUUGACACAUUCUUGCAUCAAGGCUGGCGAUUGGUGGAAAUAUUUUUGGAUCAUUCUUACAUGCAUUCUGGCGCUGUUCAUACAUCACACACCAUGAACUCAGUGUGGUUCUUUGAAAAGCCUGCUGAUACUAUGAAUGAUCCAACCCCAGUCUAUGAGGGGACAGUGAUGGAGUUUCAGCAUGAAAUCACAACUGAUAUAGGAGGAACUCACGGAGAAGCUGGAUGGAACCCAGUUGUACAGAACAUGGGAGCCAGCGGCUGGGAGCUGGCAUGUAUUCUGGAUACUCCAGAAGUAUGGACAACAGGUGUUGGCAGGUACAAGACCAUGAGGUUGAUGCUAUUUUUUCAGAGGAGAAUAAUCCGCUAGUCCCAUGUGGUUUAAGGCCAACUUCUCCUGGUUCUACUGUACCCCUGUUGCAGAGAGUACCAAACAAUGAUGAUUUGAAUACACUGUAGGGUGUUUAACAAAAUAAGAGGUGUUUUUUGUAAAAUGGUGCAAUGCAUAUAAAUUAAUAUGCUGUUAUGGUGUGGAAAUCUCUUUUCGAAUGGAUAAAGAAAGAUUUGUAAUGUUUAAUGUUUUUUUUUUUCUUUUUAAUACCUUGCAUGUUUUCAAUAUACAAAUGGUACAAAUAGCGCAUGUUAACCUUUUACAUAGUUUAUAUUGACAUAUACGGUUAAUUUUAUUGGUCUGCAAUGGUUUCUCAUUUAAGACAUUAUUAUAAUAUAAUGUAUGUUCUCUUUUUAUAAAUACACAUUGGCAUUUAGAGUUGUUACCUUUUAACAAAGUUUCUUAAUUUUAGAAACAUUUUAUUUUAUAACAAAAAGAGUGAGAAAAAUCAAUAUGACAAACGAUGUAUAUGGGUCAUUCAGAACAGAAGAUCCGAGGAUCAAAUAUGGCGAACUCUACAUGAAAGAAGUGCCGACUAAUCUGCUGAUGGUCUCCCCGCCUCCACAUGUGCCAUCCUUGCAGUGGUCUAGCAAUUAAACCUCGGAGCCAUGAUUUAAUCCGUUUAAUGGUGCGUGUGAAGGCUGGAAGACCAUCAGCAGAUUAAAAAUUAAACCAAGAUCAUACUUUUAGGGAUCAUUUCUAUAGUAAAGUCUUGCAUAUUCGUGGAUCAGAAGAUGCUCGGAUAUUCUGUUCUGAAUGGCCACAAACACACACAUAUCUUCAUAUUUCUCUGAACAAUAAAUGUUUUUAUACAUAGAACA